AAUUUGGGGGCCUAAAGCGAUUGUUUCACUUGCUUUAUGGAAGAGCCACCUCUGUCAAUGAACCACGCUCGAACCUUUAUAUGAAGUAGUACUAUGAGUUAAACUUUGUUGUUAAUCAUCUUUCAUAUCGACCUUGCCAGUCGUCGAACCCAUUUAUAGUAAAAUUCUGGUGUAACCUCAUUGCAUCUCAAAGCAACGUAAUUGUUUCCGACCAAAAAGUAAUGGUCUAAUAAAAAGAGACAAAAACAUAAUACUUUUUCUUCUUCUUCUUCUAAUCUUUAUUUUAUGCUCAUACUAAGCUAACUCUCCAACUAUAAAAGGCCUGAGUCCCUUCUCCGUUUUGCUCACCCUUCCAAAUUCAUUUUUAUCUUGUUUUCUUGCUAAACUAGCUCUAUAUUAUACACAUACCACCCGCAAAAAUGUCAGCUCAGAUGGAAAAGAUGGCUUCCUCAAUUGAAAUCAAGAUUGAUGGGAAUCAUUUUCUUGAAAUCUACCGAGACAAACCUCACCAGUUGAAUAAAAUGACCCCGGCUAACAUUCAUAGCGUUGAGUUGUGUGAUGGUGAAUGGGGAAAAGAGGGAUCUGUCACCCGCUGGACUUUUACUCAUGAUGGAAGGAUGAUGACUGUGACAUGCAUCACUGGAGUGGCAAAGAACUCAGUCACAUAUAGGAUUUGUGAAGGAGAUCUUUUGGCUGCGUACAAAACCAUGGCCGCUAUUAUCAGUGUUGAUAAAGAGGGUGACAAGAACUUGGUCACAUGGACAUUUGAGUAUGAGAAAAAGGACGAGAGCAUCCCCAAUGCAGAUAUGUUGAUUCAACUCGGCCUUAGUAUCACUAAGGAUAUCAACGCUUACAACCUCAACAAAUGAUCCAUAUGAUCACUUUGAUGUUUGAACUACUUCUAUUUCUAAUUUCUAUUAUGUCUUUGUGAUUAGUGUCGACAUGCAUACCUUUUUAUUACAUCUAUAGUGUGUGAAUAAAAUGCCAGCAUACGUAGGCAAAAUUGAAUGUCGAUGAUGUAAUUCUGCGAAUAGAUCACUUUCACUAUGAAUGAAAUUAUAAGUGAUAUUGUUCAUAAUGUUUAUGUUUUAAUUAUCAGCUGUCGCAUAUAUGCAUGUAUGUUUAACCAAUGAGUUUUGAUAUGUUUAACCGAUUUCUUCCGAAACUGAGGG